AUGCCUUUCGAUGCACGGGAAGCAACCAUUGACUCGGUUCAUCAUGCGCUCUACUCUGGCCUGUCAACAUGUCGAGAAGUCGUGUCUUCAUUUAUUGCAAAUAUCGAGGCAAAUAAUCACCGAACCAAUGCUGUCAUCACAUUGAAUCCAAAGGCCCUGGGAAUUGCCGAUGAACUAGACGAGCGGCUUUCGGCUGGCAAUGCAACUGGGCCUCUGUUCUGCGUUCCGAUACUGCUCAAGGAUAAUUACGACACUGUAGACAUGCCUACUACCGGGGCAAGUCUAGCCUUGGCCCACUCUCAGCCCACCAAAGAUGCACCGAGUGUGACGGCAUUGAAAAAUGCGGGUGCUAUCAUUCUCGGCAAGGCCAAUUUGCACGAGCUGGCCCUCGAGGGUCUCAGUGUUUCUUCGCUCGGAGGCCAGACCAUCAAUCCCUAUGACUCGACCCGGACGCCUGGAGGAAGCUCCGGAGGCACUGGGGCAGCAGUUGCCGCUUCUUUCUGUGUCCUGGGCACUGGCACAGACACAGUCAACUCGCUUCGCAGUCCAGCAUCUGCCAAUUCACUGUGCAGCAUUCGGCCCACACGCGGUCUGAUUACACGAACAGGCAUCAUUCCGAUAUCAUCUACUCACGAUGUCAUUGGACCUAUUGCGCGAACGAUCAAAGAUGUGGCAGUUUCACUCACAGUAAUGGCCGAGGCCGGUUACGAUGCAUCCGACAACGCGACUGCGCUGGUUCCCAAUGCCAAUCGCAACAUCGACUAUGCCGCUUCUCUGUCCAACUUCCCUCUCAAAGGCCUACGCAUCGGGGUACUAAACGGCUUGUUCAACCGUACCGACUCUCCAGAGGUCACUCCCGUCAAUAAUGCCAUGGAUUCUGUGAUAUCGCGACUAUCAGCCGCAGGCGUAACCAUAGUACCCAUCGACGAUGAAAUCUACAAUGCAACCGCCAUCCAAGCAUCCUGGGAUGUCCAGCGCUACGAAUUUCGCCAACUAAUGGACGAGUACCUGCAGCGGCCCUCGCUCCAAGGCGAGCACCCCAACACACUGGCAGACCUAUACUCGCGCAAAGCCGUCAAUGGUUCAGGCGGAGAAUUCCUCGUCAUCCCAGCCGAGUACGAAUACGUCAAUACAGCCCUCGUCUCCUCGACAGCCAAUGACACAUACGACGCGCGCCAAGCCGGAAUUCGCAACCUGACCUUGGCUCUUCUCAACACUUUUACGUCCAAUUCCCUCGAUGCACUCGUCUAUCCCCAGCAGAAAAACCUCGUGGUGAAAAUUGGCUCGCCCUCGCAGUCCGGGCGCAACGGCAUCUUGGCCGCGCUAACGGGAACCCCCGUCGUCAUGGUGCCAGCCGGCUUUUCCGAGCCAACCCACGAGGCGCCUGUUGGUGUUCCGAUUGGAAUGGAGAUCCUCGGGAGGCCGUGGGAAGAACAGAAAUUGCUGGGUAUUGGGUAUGCAGUUGAGCAGUUGUUGAAGGUGCGGAAGAGUCCCGUGUGGGCGAGAGAUGCGGUCGAGGUGCCCACAUACAACAGUGUACCUGUUAUCACGCCUGACAAAGGGAAUGUAGCUGAUGUGUAUCCUUUGGGAACAUUGGAGUAA